AUGGCCGUGGAGGUUCAGGGCACCAGGCGGCCGCCGCAGGACGCCGGCGUGAAGGUCAAGUUCAUCGAGACGCAGUUCAUCAGCUCCGACGCCGCCAGCUUCAAGGCCGUCGUGCAGCGCCUCACCGGCAAGUCCCCCGCCGCCGCCUCGUCGCAGACGGCUCAGGCGCCGGCGGUGCCGCCGCAAAGGCCGCGCCGGUGCCGGCCGGCCUUCGUUGGCGCCGGGCAGCAGCAGCAGGCCGCCGCCGGGUGGACGAUGGAUCAACAGGCUACCGCCGGCUACCUGGCGAUGAUGCCGGCGGCGCCGAAGCAAGAGCCGCUCGCGGCGGCGCCUCGGCUGGAGGACAUCAACGAGCUCUGCGACUUCGCGGACGUGUUCUACACCACCACCGCCGCGAGCGCACGGCGCGAUGGCAGCGGCAGCGCCUUCCCUUACUGA